UCUAUCAAACUACUCACUACAACAUGUCGGAAACUCAACCAGAUACUACUAAACAGGUUCGGACUUAUCAACCGACGUACCAAUUGAAUCCCAGAAAACGUUUUAGUGAAGAAAGAGUUCAAAAAAUACUAAAAGAACUGGUGGACACCGAGCUAGCGGAAGCCGAAUACAGUGAAAAGACCGUUCCUGAUUUAACACUCAGCUUAACAGAAACUGUACGAAACGCCAUAAAAGAAGAAAACUUUAACAGGUACCGGAUAAUAGUGGUGGUGACGAUCGGCCAGCAGCGGCAGCAAGGCGUGCAGAUGUUCCACUCGUUCCUGUGGGACCACGAGCGGGACAUGUUCGUGACCACCAACUUCGAGAACCCGCACAUAUUCGCGAACGUCGUCGUCUACGGUGUCUAUUUAGAUUGAUCAUGGUCCAAUAAAU